UACAUCCUGUUUACCUUGAUGAUAACCUGUAAUACGUCAUAUACUGUGUAAAGCCAAUGAUCGAUCUAUAACAUUCAUACUACGUACAACAAAGACUACAUAUACUAUCUACAACAAAGACAAAAUAUUUAUUUCAUAUAAUACGAAUUUCGAACCAAACUACUUUUAAAAGAUCCUUGUAAGAAUGUUUAAAGAAAUCGCCAUUCUUAGCAUCUUGAUUCAAAUGGCUGGCGGUUUUCUGCUAUCUAAAGAAGAAAACCAUACCGGAUGCAGCGGUCGAAUGCUUACUGGGGACAAAGUAAGGCAAUGCGCUAUAAAGGAUGGCACUAGUAUGCUUCUUGAACAAAGAAAUGCUGAAUGGGGAUGGGGAGAGCGUUCUGAGGCUGAAGCAAUAAUUGCACUUCAUUUAGCUAAUGAUGCAUGGUUUUCAAAGAAAGAUCCCACCUCUUAUAUAAGCGUGAAACAAAUGAACUUGGAUUUGCUUUCUGCGAUCAGCAACGAUGUAGCACUAACAAAUCCAGCAUGGGGACGUGGCAAAUUAGCUCAUUACGUCCUAGGACUAACAGCUACAUGUCAAGAUUCACGAAACUUCUAUGGACAUAACUUGAUAGAUAAACUUCAGAACCAUCUAAACGUAUCUUCGCAACAUUUUCAGAACAACAAGUUCGCAUAUGCACUUGUUGUUCUAGCAUUAUGUAACGCUAAUGCUAAUGUAGAUGCAGCUUAUUUAAAAGAUAUUUCUACUAAACCAGGCAACUAUACAUUCGGUGUUGACGAAGCUGCGAUGGUUUAUUUAGCUUAUGCUUGUGUCAAUGAUGCUGCAUAUACUUUACAAUCAAAGGCAGCAUUAGAAUACAUACUACAAAAACGUGAUGGUAAAGGGUUAUAUGGCAAUGAAUAUUCUACGGCAUUAGCAGUACAGGCAAUAUUUGCAAGCAAAAAUAAAUCAUUGGAAUCACUGUCAGAUGCUGGGAUAACAUUCAUGGCAAAUUCUAUUGAUCGAAGCAAUAAUCCACAGAAGUUUAUGUUGCUGUCAGUGUUACCAGCCCUGGCCAAAACGUCGUACAUCGAUGUUGGCAGAACCCCCUGUAUAUCAGACUUAAUAGUAACUACCCCUCCUUCGUCGAAGGUAUUCUCAAUUAAAAUUACAGUUAUAAACAACGUAUCAGGUCAUUUCAAUCAAGUGUGGUCAGUUUCUAUAAAUGAAGGUCAGACGUUAUUUAAUGCGUUGCAGAAUUUACAAGCUGUUGAUUCUUCUUUUAGCUUUACCAGUACUACAACAACAUAUGGUCAAUCGAUCAGAUCGGUUUGUGGUAUGUCUGCUCUAACUGUAAAUAGACAAUAUUGGCAGAUGUUGGAUUCCAAUGACACUCCGUUGUCUUCAGCUUCGGACAGAUUCUUCCCAACUGAUGGAUCAAGCUUUACACUGAAGCUGACUAAAUGGUAAUCAGAAGUGCUACCCCGGGAAAAAUGAAGCAUGAACAAUUCAAGGAGACCAAUGUGGAAAUAAACAUUGAUGAAUAAAA